AUGGGUUUGGACGAGGAUUUCGGUUUGGCGCUUAGGGCGGUACAGAAGAUCGAUUUCAGCACUACGGCAGAACCAGUCCUGAACGUAUUCGAGACCAACAUCCGAUACCUCGGUGGCCUUUUGAGUGCCUAUGAUCUGAGUGAGGGGAAACAUCACGUCCUGGAAAAGGCAGUGCAGCUCGGCGACAUGCUGUAUGGAGCUUUCGAUACUCCCAACCGCCUUCCCAUCACACGCUGGGACUGGGUCAAUGGCGCUCUUCACAUGGACCAGGAGGCUCCAAUGAGCGCACUGAGUGCGGAAUUGGGCUCUUUGAGCUUGGAAUUUACCCGCCUCACGCAGCUAACAGGUGACGCGAAGUAUUACGAUGCUGUUCAGAGGAUAUCCGAUCUGAUCGAGAAGCAGCAGAACUCGACUGCCAUUCCAGGACUCAUUCCUAUCACCGUGAGUCCCGUUGACAACGACCUGACCGCAUACAAGACUUUCACGUUCGGCGCCAUGUCAGACUCGCUGUACGAAUAUUUUCCCAAGGAAUUUCUGAUGCUUGGCGGGCGCCAGGAACAGUAUCGCACUCUGUACCAACAUGCCAUUGAAGCGGCGAAGCAGCAUCUCUUUUUCCGCCCAUUGAACCCUCAGAACCAAGACAUUCUCAUCUCAGGCAACGUGCGGAUGAGCAGUCUAGGCAUGGUCAAGCUCGACCCAGAGGCACAGCAUCUCGCAUGCUUCGCAGGCGGCAUGGUUGGCAUCGCCGCCAAAAUCUUCAACCGCACCGACGAACUCGAUGUAGCACGGAAACUGGUGGACGGGUGCAUCUGGGCUUACAACUCCACACCGAUCAACAUCAUGCCUGAAACCUUCCACGUCAUUCCUUGCCAGGAUCCAAACGAUUGCGAGUGGAACGAGGAGCGAUGGUAUCGUGGCAUUAUAGACCAACACGUGCUCGAUAAUACGAAAGACGCAGCACAAAUCAUUGAGGAGGACGGGUUGCAGCCUGGAAUGACCAAGAUAGGAGACAGGCGAUUCUUACUGCGACCAGAAGCCAUCGAAUCCAUCUUCAUCCUGUACCGCAUAACUGGUGACUCAAUUCUUCAAGAUGCGGCGUGGACCAUGUUUACCGCUAUCACCAAUGCGACUGAAACGGCUAUCGCGCAUUCCGCCAUCGAAGAUGUUACUGUUAAACAAGCUCAAGGGACGAGGAAGAUCGACGAGUGCGAGAGCUUUUGGAUGGCGGAGACUUUGAAAUACUUCUAUCUCAUCUUCUCCGAGCCUGGACUCGUGAGCUUAGAUGAAUUUGUUUUUAAUACAGAGGCACAUCCGCUGCGCAGGCCGCAAGCGAAGUAA